UGACUUGUUCAUUUUAGCCUCCCGUGUGACCCUUAACUCAACUUGGACAGGCUCUCAGAAGCGAAGUUAUUAGGUUAGAUAAUUCCUGCACAUCGCCAGGCUGGUUCUUUUUAAAAAUGUUUGGAAUUUACCUUACUCGCGUGUGGCACUGAUGCUUUCACCCAGCCCGGAUGAGCCUGGGGCCAUGAGAGGUGACCUGGUGAUAGUUACCAGCUGCACAGCUGAUUAAGUAGCGGAGGAGAUUAGAACUCAGUUCCUGGCCUCCCAAGAUUGUUAAGAAUGAGUCUGCGGAAGCAAACCCCUAGUGACUUCUUAAAGCAGAUCAUCGGACGGCCAGUUGUGGUGAAGCUCAAUUCUGGGGUGGAUUAUCGAGGGGUCCUGGCCUGCCUGGAUGGCUACAUGAAUAUAGCACUGGAGCAGACGGAAGAGUAUGUAAAUGGGCAGCUGAAGAAUAAGUAUGGGGAUGCCUUCAUCCGCGGAAACAAUGUGCUGUAUAUAAGUACACAGAAGCGAAGGAUGUGAAGACACCAGGAGCAGCCCUCUUCACACUUGGAUGUACUUGAUUAUGAAGAGCUUGUUUUUUUUGUUCUUUUACGACCCUAGUUGCCGCCUGUUUUCAUAGUGGUUGGUUGGUGUGUUUUGUUUUUUUAAUUGACAUUUAAAUAAGAUGGAAGUGUUACAUUACAAAUCAAGUCUUAAACGUUUCAUGUUCACAUUUACUCCUGUCUGUACAGAAUAUUAAAAUUAAAAAAAAGCAAAAAUACUAA